UAUCAUUGAAACUAGAAAGAGCGUUUGAAAUACAUUCUAUAUUUUCCAUCUUAUUUUUCUAAAUUUGUGAUUUACAUCACAUAUUCACAAAUUUCUUCAACAUAUUUCGGUGUAAUUCUAAUUUAUUCUAAUGGCACAAAUUAAGGAAAAGACACUAGUUUUAGUUGGACGCACCGGUAAUGGAAAAAGUGCAACAGGAAAUAUUAUUCUUGGAGAAAGACACUUUGAGUCAAGGACGGGUGCAUCUGGUGUAACAAGGGUUUCUGAAAUGCGAAAAACGACUACAAAAGAUGGACAAAUUAUUAAUAUUAUUGAUACUCCAGGACUAUUUGAUGGAACUAAAGCUGUUGGAGAUGAAAUAGUCAAAUGUAUUGAUAUGGCUAAAGAUGGCAUUCAUGCUGUCGUUUUAGUAUAUUCUUGUAGAGCUCGUUUCUCAGAAGAAGAACAUGCUACUUUUCUUACUUUGAAAACUUUAUUUGGAGAAAAAAUUGUUGACUACAUGAUUCUAGUCUUCACCGGAAAAGAUGACUUAAAAGCUGAUCGACAGACAUUUGAAGAUUACUUAGCUAAUCAACCUGAAAAAACUCUCCAGGAUAUAAUUGUUUCGUGUGGCAAUCGAAAAGUGCUUUUCAAUAAUAGGACUACCGAUGAAAAUAAGCGAUGGAAACAAGUUCAACAACUUCUCAACCUUGUGGAUGGAGUUAUAUUGAAAAAUGAGGGACAACCCUUUACAAAUGAGAUGUUCAAAAGAUUGAAGGAAAGAGCAACUGCAACUGAAAAAGCAGAAACAGCUAGAAUGAAAAGGCGUCUACAAAGAGGAUAUGAUAUUAUGCUUGAACGAAUGGCUCGUGAGAUGAAAUCAAAGUUGGAGGAAGAACUUGGCAAGCUUAGGCAAUUGUUAGAAGAAGAAAAGAGUGCUAGACGUGCAGCUGAGGAAAAUUAUAAAUCCUUUCAAAUUUCAUCAAAUAAAGAAAUUCAAAAACUCAGAUGGGAUCUUCACCAAGCAAAUAGUAAAUGUGCCAUUCUCUAAUUGUGAUACAUUCAAAUAUUUGUACUUUACCUUUAAGAUUGUGAGUGAUUAUGAGUGAGCGUUUGUGUAUAUAUAUGGUGUGGUAUUGUUCAAAAUGUUGUAUAUAUUUAUUAUGUAUUAUGUAUUCCUCAUGUAACUAAAUUGUGUUUGAAUGAUAUUAUUUUUAUUUUAAAUUUC